AUGGUUCUUGAGGCUACUAUGAUAGCGAUUGACAAUUCUGAGUAUAUGAGAAACGGCGAUUAUCUUACGUCGAGAUAUGACGCCCAGCUAACAGCCACGGAAUUUAUUUUCCAGAAUAAAGUCAAUUCGAAUCCUGAAAAUACAGUGGGGUUAUUAGCUUAUGGCGGAGUUGGACCUCAGGUCUUGAGUACGUUAACCACGGAUUUUGGAAAAAUCUUGUCUGGAGUCCACGAAACAAAGAUAGAAGGCAAAAACAAUUUCAGUAAUGGUGUACAGGUGGCGGCUUUGGCAUUGAAACAUCGUCAAAACAAAGUCCAGCAGCAAAGGAUUGUAAUAUUUGUUGGUUCCCCCAUAGAAGACCUGGAUAAGGAAUUAGAGAAAUUGGCCAAAAAGAUGAAGAAGAAUAAUGUAGCUGUGGAUAUUAUCAAUUUUGGAGAAGAGGCUGUGAACACGAGUAAGUUGGAAAAGUUUCACUCUCUUAUAAAUAAUCAUGACAAUUCACAUUUGGUAACAGUACCACCAGGGCCACGUUUGCUUUAUGAGGUUAUUGCUUCUUCGCCAAUUUUGGUAGAAGAUGGAGCAGCUGGUGCUACUGGUGGUGCUGGUGGUGCUGGUGGCGAGAAUCUGAACUUUUUCGAUGGUGCUGGAGUCGCUGGAGCUGGAGAUAUUAUUGACCUUAAUAUGGAUCCGGAUUUGGCAUUAGCAUUGAGGUUAUCGCUAGAGGAGGAGAAAGCAAGACAGGAGAGGGAAGCUGCACAAAAAGAAAAGGAGGCAGCGAAGGAAGCAGAAAAAGCGGUAGAGAAUGUAGAUGAAAAGGCAGCAGAGGAGAAUGCGUCAAAAGGAUUGGAAACAGGUGAUGGUCAGGGGAGUGAUAAAAAAGAAGACAGUGGCAAUGGCAAUGGCAAUGGCAAUGGCAAUGGCAAUGAGAAUGAGAAUGAGGAUAAGAAUGAAAAAGGUGACACAGAUGUCAAAAUGGAUGACGUUAAAUAG